AUGCGCGACUAUAGCGACGUCUCCGAGGCCGAAACGGAGGUAGCGCCGUCGCCAUACAAGCUGGGCAGCCGACUCAAGCGGCUCAAGCGGCGUAUCGACGACGAUGACGACUACUCUUCCGACGAGGGGCCGUCCAACCACUCUUCACAGGUGUUACGCAAAGAGCCCAAGCGCAAAAACUCGUCGGAUAUGAGCCGGAGUGCCACACCCAUGCCACGUGUCGGGUCCGGUUCGCGCAAGAAACGGGACGCAAACGGCAGAAUGAAGUUACAACGAAUGUGUGACAAGGGCAAAUACGAGGAGGCGUAUCAACUGGUCAGGGAUGGCGCGGAUGUCAACGACAGAGACUAUGCCGGCAACACAGCGCUCCAUGAGGCGGCUCUGAAGGGCCAUGUGGACAUUGUCAAACUGCUGUUGGACCACAAGGCCAUAGUUGACAUUCGGUCGGGACCUACAGAUCUUGAUACCCCAUUGAUUGAUGCGGCGGCCAACGACCACGUUGAGGUGGUGCAACUCCUGCUGGAACGUGGAGCUGAUCCGCGUAUCAUCAAUGCGCUGGGAAAAUCUGCCAUGGACUCUGUGGACGAGGAGAUGCCGCACUCGACGAAGAUCCGCUCGUUGAUCCAGGAGGCGCUUCACAGCUUCCGCAACCGGCCACGACCCCCAGAGUCACGCGAGGACGACCCCGAGGCGUUCCCCGACCCGGAGCUGCACAAAAUCUACAACCAUGGAACCGGAGGAGGAGAAGGAGGAGGAGCUGGAAGCGAUACGGGAUCUAGCAGGAGACGUGGUGUGCGUGCGCAGGCCAUGCGCAACGAUCUGUUGUGGCUGGAUCUUACCUCGAAAAACGGUCGCGAACAAAUCUAUCAAAAGGCCGCCGACGGAGAUAUCGAGUUCAUAGGCUCCUCACUGGAGGGAGGAUGGAAGCCAGAUACCCAGUCCUUGUGUCUGGCAGCACGUCACGGCCACACAGAUGUGGUGGGGUUGCUGCUGGCAUUUGGAUGUGAGUGUGACGAGCCUGGGGAGGAUGGCGAGACUGCACUGUUGCGAACAGUGGGCCGGGGUCACGUGUCGACUCUAAAGCUGUUGCUAGAUUCUGGAGCAAAUCCGUUACGCAAAAACUCACAAGGCAAGACUGCUCUUCAGGUUGUCAAGGAGCUGAGUGGCUACGAGGAGGAGGUUACCCUGUUGGAGGAGUGGACUAGUAAAGGGAGUGGCAAAGACAGAGGUGACAGCAAGCUUGUCAAGUCAGAGAAGGCAGAUAAGUCAGAAAAAGCUGACAAGUCUGAUCGCGAUAAGGCCCGACUUGAAAAGAUGGAAAAACGAAGGAUUGAACGGGAACGAGAACGAGAGAGGGAGAGAGAAAGAGACAGAGAAAGGGUCAAGGUGGAGAAGGUCGAAAAGAGUGAAAAGUCUGAGAAGCGAGAGAAGCGAGAACGAACUAAUUCUACUUCUGAGAGACACAAUUCAACGGCUUCCACACACUCUGAGCGACACAAUUCGACGUCAGAGAUCCGAGACCGUGAGCGGGAACGUGAACGUGAACGAGAACGUGAACGUAAACAUGUCAAGAAGGAGCCUGUGGUGGAUACCCACGCCAACAUGUCGUCUUCAUCUCCUCAUCACGUGGCAUCUCCCCCCCGAGUUGCCUCGCCCUCCCAGAUGUCUCCUGUUUCGACUCCUAUGUCUCGUACGUCUUCUCAGGCCGACGAGAACAAGGGUUCUGUGAAGCACGAGCGGACUCCAAGCAUCUCUUCUAUAUCUGAUAAACUACUAGUCAAGAAACGUAAGCUGGCUGGUGGCAAGGAAGAGAUGGAGCGACGCAAGAGCAAGGAGGAGGUCAAGGUGAAGAAGCGGUCUAUUUCGUCUGCUUCCGGGGCUUCCAACAAGCCACAGUCUGUAUUCGACAAGCUGUUUGGCUCUAAGCAGAAGGAGAAAGAGGAGCAGCAACGUGUGGCUCGCGAGAAGGAGGAGGCUGCACGGCUGGAGCGCCAGGAGCGGAUCCGACGUAAGAAGCAACAGCAGCAGGAGCAGCUGGAGGAGGAGAAGCGCAAGCUUGAGGAGGAGAAGCGCAAGCUGGAGGAAAAGAAGAGGCUGGAAGAGGAGCGGCUCAGGAAGGAACAGGAGAAGCGUGACAAGGCCGAGAAGGCUGAGCGUGAGCGCGUGGAACGAGAAAGGAGGGAGAAGAAGGAACGUGAGAGAAAGGAGAGGGAGGAUAAGGAAAAGAAAGAACGGGAAGAGAAGGAGCGGGCCGAGCGGGUUGAGAGAGAGAAGCGUGAGAGGGCUGAGCGGGCUGAAAAGGCCGAAAAGGAGGCCCGAGAGCGCAAGGAGAGGGAGGAAAAAGAGCGCGUGGAGAGGGUGGAAAAGGAGAAAGCCAGGGCUGAAAAAGCUGAGAAAGAAGCCAAUGAGGCAGCGAAGGCUGAGAAGGAGGCCAAGGACAAAGAGAUCAAAGAGGCUGCUGAAAAGGCUCAAGCCAAAGAGGUCAAAGAGUCUAAGGAAUCUAAGGAGCCUAAGGAGUCUAAGGAGACUUCCAAGGAGUCAUCCAGAGAGUCUCUUUCAGCUUCUUCAUCUGCUGCUGCUUCCACUACUCCCUCAGCUGCCACUUCACCAGACAGUCGCAAGUCUCCUCUCAUCAAGCGGCCCAAGGAACUGGACCGUCAAAAGUCCAAGGAGUCGCUUGACCGGCGGGAGAUUGAGCGGGAGAAGGAGCGCAAGCGGCUUGAGCGCCAGAGAGCCAUUCUCAAGGGCAUUGAGGAAGACGAGCGGCGGCGAAACGAGAUGCGACGACGCGAACAGGAGCUCAAGGCUGAGCAGGAGCUGUUGGCUGCGAAGGAGCGAGAAAAACGCGAGGCCGAGGAGCUGGAGCGGGAAAAGGAGCGGGAGCGACAGCGGCGUAUCCAGCUUGAUAUCGACAGCCGAAAGGCGCUCCCUUACGGCCUGCGAGAAGCCAUAUACGAGCCUCGGCAGGUUGACCAGAUUUUUGCGUUUCUGCCUUUGUUUGUGCGUCAGUCGUGUUUCCUCGACAUCCAGCUGUCUCUUCUUCUUGGUGUGAAAAACUUUUGCGGUUCGUAUCCUCGAGUGGCUCGUCGCAUCGUGUCCACCACCGAAAAGGAGCGACUUUGGAGCACUUUGACUCCCUUGUUGUGCCGAGCUCCAGGUCCUGGCGACGAUUUGGAAAUGGUGGGUCUUGAGCGACAGGACGAGCGGCGCAAGUUUCUCGGCAUGAACUGUUUCUGGGUGUCUUGCAGCGAUGUGCUGGAGGUGAUUUCAACGAACUUUCCUCUGCUGUUUGAUGCUGUCAUGUCUGUGGCUCCCCUCAAGGUUGACAUUGAUUGGGAGGAGGAUGCUGAGGCUGCGGCUGCUACAGCGGCAUAUGUGGAGGCCGAAUCGGAGCAGAUUGAUAAGGCGAUUGCGAAGUUCCCGUUGAGAGUGAGAAUGAAGCUGCAGGCGUUGAGACCUCAAUGGCCGUGA